AUGUGUAGCUUGAGUUUCUGCAGGAUGGAGGUUCAUCACGGGAUCAGGAAUGCGAGACUUCAAGGGGACUACAGUGAUUAUGCACUGACCGAACCUUGUCCUUUGAGGUCUACUGAUGAUCCUUCGGGUCUUUAUCGAGUCUUUUCAGGUCUAAAGACGUUCCAGGGAGAGCUUUGGUCACAUGGACCAACAGGAGAAAGCAGGCAAAACGGAGCAGAUAGGAGUUCGAUCGACUCCGCACAAGGUCGAUCGAACCUGUACACGAGACCAAGCUCGAUCGAUCCCAUCCACACGUACAGGGUCGCUCGAAUGCAUGCAUUGAGAGGCAGCUCGAUCGAACCCACUGUCGACGACGCAGCUCGAUCGAUCCCAUGCAGAGCAAGCCAGCUCGAUCGAUCCCGUUCUAUCUCAGCCGUCCGAUCAAACCCGAGAAAAGGACCUAUUUCUGGUUUAUCAUACCACCCCCAAACUAGUGGACAAGUUGAGAUCUCAAACAGAGAACUCAAGAGCAUACUUCAGAAGACAACAGGCAAGACAAGAAAGGAUUGGAGUGCCAAACUAGAUGAUGCUCUAUGGGCAUACCGCACUGCCUUCAAAACACCACUUGGUACCACCCCCUUUCAUCUUGUUUAUGGUAAAGCAUGUCAUUUACCAGUGGAGCUUGAGUACAAAGCAGCUUGGGCUAUUAAGGAGUUGAACUUCAACCUAAAGACAGCAGGAGAAAGAAGAUUGAUUCAGCUGAAUGAGCUUGAUGAGAUUAGGCAUCUGGCUUAUGAGAAUUCAAAGAUCUAUAAGGAGAGAACCAAAGCUUUCCAUGACCGCAAGAUCAUCCCAAAGAACUUUGCGCCAAACGACCAAGUUCUACUAUUCAACUCAAGGUUGAAACUCUUUCCAGGAAAGCUUCGCUCAAGAUGGUCAGGACCAUUCAGGAUUAAAGAAGUUCGCCCCUAUGGAGCAGUGGUACUAUGGGACCCAAUGGGAGGAGACUUUACAGUCAAUGGACAAAGGUUAAAACCCUACCUAGCCUCCACCACCAUACCACAGGAGACCACACUGGCUCUUGGCGAUCCACCAGAUCCUUAA